AUGCCCGCCGCCGUCUCCAUCCCCCUUCGCGACCAAGUUGGCCAGCCGUCGCUCCAAGCCGGUUCCCCAAUGUCCUUUCGGACCUCUCUGGGAGUUCCAAAGAGCUUCCGUACCGGCAUGAGCCCCUUUCAGCCGUUUAGCCAUCUCGAUAAUGCUGAUUUCAAACUAUCUUCCUCGAUGACUGGCUCUGUGGAGUCUGAAUCAUCCCGAUUAAUGAGGGCACUCAGCGCCUCGCAAUCCAAGACUGCUGGCUCGUUUGGAGAAUAUCUCACUCCGACUACACGUGAAAAGGAAUUCUGUCGCGAUUUCAUAUGCUGCGGCAUCAACUUGGGGGACCUCCAUGCGCUCGUAGAACAUUUCGAGGACAAUCAUGUUCGCGUUGUUCCAUCCGAAUAUCCCUUUCCUGUCACUGUUCCUGGCGGCAACAUGACAGUGCCUGUGGGUGGUCUAGGUCCUGCUCCCGCGGGCAUGGAUCCCGACGAUAUGGACAUGGAGGAAGAUGCACCGUCUCCUGCAUCGUCGAAUUCGCCCCCUCCGACACCCCUAGCACACCCUCCCGCUAGUGCUUUUGAUACGACAUCCGUAUUUCUACCGUAUCGCCGUUCAUCCGACCUUGGCCCGGCUGCAUUCUUCAAUACGACUGCCUCGAUGCAGCGCUCGCACUCGACUGGGAUACAUACGAAUGGUCCUGGCAUUCAGCCUGCACUGCUCACUCGCACUCCUGAGGAAACACCCCAAUCAUCGCCUCCGGCUACGCCAGCGACCAAUACUAAACCCCUAAACGGCGCUCGGCGCGUCAUUACUGGCCCCAUCGUGCCCAAUGCCGCGAGCGAUCCGCGGCCACCUCUGCCAGGAGGCAAGCCAUUCCGCUGCCCUACCCCGAAUUGCACAAAGUCAUACAAGCAAGCAAAUGGACUCAAGUACCAUCUGACCCACGGUCAAUGUUCGUUCCUGCCACCCGACCCUGUCCUCGAGAACUUGACCGAUAAGGAGGCGGACGAACGGCUACGCCCAUUUGUAUGCGCCGUCGGCGCUGCCGCGGGUGGCAAGGGCGGAGGAUGUGGCCGUCGAUACAAGAAUAUGAACGGUCUCCGCUACCACUAUCAGCACUCUGGCGCCCAUGGCGCAGUCGGUCUCGCAAUGCUUGCUUCCAACACGCACCCUGCUCCACCGGCGUGGGCCGUCGGCGGCACCAGCAAUCUCGUUCGCUCGAAUUCGAAGGGUAGUGGGGACUCUCCCACAUCGACUCCGCUGACGUCGCGACCCGGCUCUGCAGCUGGCACCAAAAGUACUCCUGGGUCUUCCCACGCGCCGACGGAAGAAGAUUUUGAGGGUGACGAAGACAUGGAGAUGGAGUUUGACAUGUCAUGA